ACAAACAUCAGGCUUUUACAGGAUGUAUUAAACUUGUCUAUUAACUAAAAGUCGUGAAUAUUUUCGGGUUCAUUUGUUCGUGUUGGGCUAUCAAUCUUGUUAUACGCCUUUGCGCAUUUUCCAAAUCUGCACUGCUUGGUUAUUGCAUUGUCAUUAUUACAGUGCCUGUGGGUAUCUAGUUUACCAUUAAAUUCGCAGAUUAACGGGGAUGUUGAGAUGGAAGCAAUUUGGAUUUACCAGUUCAGACUAAUUGUAAUUGGGGACUCGACGGUGGGGAAAUCAUGUUUGCUGCGUCGCUUUACUGAGGGGAAGUUUACCGAUGUCUCCGACCCGACGGUGGGGGUAGACUUCUUCGCCCGCCUGGUGGAGAUCGAACCAGGAAAGCGUAUCAAACUUCAACUCUGGGAUACAGCAGGCCAGGAAAGGUUCAGAUCCAUAACACGCUCUUACUACCGCAAUUCAGUGGGAGGAUUGUUGGUCUUUGAUCUGACAAACCGACGAUCGUUUGAACACCUUAAAGACUGGUUGGAGGAGGCAAAGAUGCACGUACAACCCUUUCAGAUAGUAUUCCUAUUGGUGGGCCACAAGUGCGACCUUGUGCAACUGCGGCAGGUGACACGCGAGGAAGCUGAGAAAGUGGCAUUGGCCUUCGGCAUGAAGUACAUCGAGACCUCAGCAAAAGAUUCUGUGAAUGUGGAAGAGUCUUUCACCAUCCUAACCAGGGACAUCUAUGAACGGGUGAAAAGAGGCGAGAUAAGCAUUGAAGAGGACUGGGAAGGCGUGAAAAGUGGAUUCGUCCCAAAUGUUGUCCACUCUUCAGAAGAAGCGGUAAAACCUGGUCGACGGUGCCUGUGCUAGUGGUUUGGAGUGUGGAGGAGUAACAGUCUACAGCCAAAGAUACAGGAUGAGCCAGAGAGGAAUUAUAACAAUGCACCGAGGAAGCGAAUUGUUAUGGGGAAAAAGAUAACGUGUUGCCCUUGAGGCAAUCCUGAGCUAGCCUUUGUUUAACAACGUAUGUUUUUCUAUUCAGUUCUGUGUAGCUCAUGGCGUAAUUCCGAAAUAUCAAUUAGGCUACGAUAUUUAAAUUAUUCGUUUUCUCCGUAUG